GUGCCGCCCGCCCCGCCCCAGUCCCGCCGGCGGAGGCAGCGCGGAUCGGCCCAGCAUGGAGGGGACGCGGCGCGCCCUGCUCCGCCUCGCCGCCGCCUGCUGCCUGCUCUGCGCCCUGCCAGGAGAGGGACAGAAGACAACAGAGACCGUGGUGCUGUCACCUCUUCUUAACACAGUGCCAACCUCUCAUCAGCUCAGGGAAGUCUCUGACCUCAGCCCAGACACUACUGCUGUUCCAGAGACAAGCUUGGAGAAAAACGUGACUGCUGCAGCACUCAAUGCCACUGGAGUUCACCCUACGGAUGAGGAUGCCUUCAUCUCUGCCACUCCUGUGGUUGGCACCGAGACAGAGAGACUGCAGGCUUCCACCACUGCCAGCCCCACAGCCAUCACAGUUAUACAGCAUGAGCACCACAACAUGAGCUUGUCAGCUAACAGCACUGAAAUCCCCUCCCCUGCCUCAACAGCCAGUACUCUGGAAAAAAAUCUGCCUGACCAUGAAGUCACAGAGCCCUUCAGCGCAACCGAAGAAAUGGAUGAUGCCAGCAGUGCCACCCCAACACCUCCAAACAGCGUGUCUGCAACAACCAACAGAUCUCAGCUGGAGCCGACCAGUGGGCAGACCAUGGGGCCCACAGUGGCAAGAGCUGAAACCAGGCCAGGAACAAGCCCUGUAGUGAGCACAGAGGCAGAGGCCUCUGCUCCCACCUCCACUGUAGGGAGCACAUCCCCUGCCACCACCUCCAGUACUGUUACGAUGAGACUCCCCAUGACCAGCUCUACCGCUGCCAGCACAGCCGCCAUCCCCACCAGCACAUCUCCAGUGGGGCAGCAAUUGGAGCCCAUGCAUGAGAAAGCUUCUGUGCUGGAUGUUGGUGAUGAUGAAAAUCCAGAGCUCCCAAGUUCUCCUACAAUGAGGGCUGACCCCUCGGUAAUCGCAGUGAUCUCCGUCUUCAUUGUCAUGGUGGGCAUCCUGGGCUUGGUGGGCUUCCUGAGAUACCGCCAGCACAACAGCCACAUGGAGUUCCGACGCCUGCAGGACCUGCCCAUGGAUGACAUGAUGGAGGAUACCCCCCUCUCACUCUACAGCUACUAGGCAGCCAGGCUGCCUCUGCCUGGUGGGCUGAACUUCCCAGGGGAGAAGGCCUUGAGGACUCAGUCCCAGACAAUCUGCUGACAAAUGAGUGGGCUCUGACUUGCACACAACUGAAAGAUUGUUUUCAGAUGGCUUUUGGUUUUAGAUAUUUUAAAUAGUUCAGUGUUGAAAUUUUUAUGCUGGAAAUCAGAGCCCAGGUCUGGUUUAUUCCUCCGGGCUCUCCUAGAAAAGAUGUCCCAAAGAGGAGCCUCCUCAUUUUAGCGUGGUGACCAAUUAGCAAAGACAACCUUUACCAUCGUGUUCUGCAUGGAGCUCUUCUGUCCAUCUUGGCAGCUGCUGCUUUCAGAGGAGAUGGACGAGUGAGCCAUGCAAAAGCCGUUACACUGGUGGAGUCAGCACAGGAGACUGCUGUUUUCUGAGGGAGUGAAGGAGGCAGAGAUCCAUUCUCUAAGGCUCCUUCUUGUUCUGUAUUUUUUUUGAGGUUUGUUUUGUCCUUGCACUUUUUUUUGUUGUUGUUCCUAUUUCAGCUUUAGUCAUGGGCUCGGCACUGCCUAUCCUGAAACACCUAAUGUGAGGAUGACAGACUGCUCUGCUUCUUUCCUUCAUGCACACCUUUUCUCAUGAAGGGAAAACAGUUACGUGGCCACUCGAGAAGUACCCCUGCUUAGAAACUGCUGGGAGGACAUAAGUGUGAUGUUAACUCAGGAGGGCUUGUCAGAACUCAGUCUGUUGCCAACCAGACAUGCUAGCUUAGUCUCACCAAAAUUACGAAACUGGGUCUGCCAUGCUUGCUGCUUUCAGCUGCUUUCAGUGUAAGCUCCCUGCCCAGCCUCGGUAAAUGCUUUAGUCCACUUUUCUGCCUGGAUUGACACGUCUUUCUUCAGAUACCUCCCAUUUUGCUGCUAGGAUCUGGUUUCUGAAAGCUAUUAUAUAAAACUAGUACUGCACUGUCUCUCUUCUUAGUGCAAGGUCAAAGCUCCUUUAUCCUAUAAUGUUGGUCUUUGAGCCAGUCAGUGUCCUGUCCCGAGGACAGAACCUGGAUGUAGUGCCUUCCUCCCUUCCCUUUCUAGGUAUUAGGCUGAUUAGAUUCUGCACUUUUGCCUCAAAAUAUCACUGGUGUAAACUGCAAAGCUUUAAGGUCCUGCAAGGAAACCCACAGACCAGAUCCUCUGAGCAUAAGUCUGAGGGUUUUCAGGUGCCCUUGCUUCAGACAGACCGGUUAGUGCAUGGCAUGGAAGUCUUCAUGUCAUGAAUACUGGCUCCUGUUUUCUAGUUCACAUUUGAUUGCGGGUAAAGAGAAGCAUGUGUCCUCUCAAGAGUGUUGGAUUUCUGACUAAGUUGCUCCCUCAGGACACAGCAAGGGCUAGAAGUUACGUACAGUUGCCUCCCACACUGCUCUUAGAAGCCUCUGUCUCUCCUCCUUCAGUAGCAACGCUCACAGACCCAACAAAGGAUGGAUAACAAGACUCACUACCAAAAGUAUCUAUUUUUUUUUAGGGCUGUUACUACUCUUCUUAGCAAGGGAAGGGGAAAUUCCCCAUCAAAUGGUCUGCAAAGCCCAAAGAUGGAGAAGAAGUGGUCAAACAAAUAAACUAAGUAAGGCAGCAGUUCCUUCUUCGGAAGGGCUGACAAGUGGCUGCCGUGCAGUUCGGGUUCAGCUGUUGGCUUUGGCCUUGCGUCUGUUUAUUGUAAGGGUGCCCAGCACAACGGGGAAGAAUGGUUGGUUCUCUCCUCCUAUUAUUGCAUGAAAACUGAAGGGCAAUUGUCACAACUCCAAAGCUUUUGUAUCAAGCAUUGUCUGCACAGAGCAAUCUCCUUAGCUACAGGCUUGUUCCCCCGCCGCAGGGCAGGGUGCUACUGGUUUUUUGGCACAAAGAGAGGCAAGUUCGUGGUGGAAAAUAGAACUCCAUCCUGUCUGGAACUGGCGUAGGCUGGCAGAGCUGGAAAACCGUCUCUGCACCAAACAGAAAGGGCAGGGGCUGGCUGCUCUGGGUGCCCAUUUGCUGUCCAGGGGAAAGGGGUGAGGGAGGAAACUCGCCCAACCAAAGUGCAACUUUCUUUGUAAGAUAUGUUAAUAGUGGAUUUUUUUUCUGCAAUAAAGUUACAAAUUCCAAAGGCAUGCCCCACAUCCUCGUAUUUUGAGAUGGUUGAAUUAGAUGAAAUCUGCCUUAGAGAGCCACGCUAAUCUAAAGCACCUUCAGACUCUCCUUUGCUUCUGAUUGAAGCUGUCCUUAUUGCCAUCCAUUGUCAACUGUAACCCUCUAUUUACAGAAAUACCCUCAGAGCCAGACUAAUCCAAGCCUAGAUAGCGUCAGCAUUGGUCAGACUAGAUGAUCUUAGUGGUCUUUCCAACCUUAACAAUUUGAUGAUCUGUCAUGCUUCUUUCUGUAGCGCAGAAAUCAAAGCAAACUGAAGCGAACACACUUGUUUAGUUUCAUAGCUGAGGUGAGGCUGCCAGCUUUGGAGAUGGACCACGGACCAGUUGCGCAGGCUACUUCUCCACACAGCAAAGAAAGCUUUAGCAGCAGUUGUUUUCUGGUUCUCACCAUUUCCACACCUUCCUUUGAACACAGUGCUUGCCUUUGAUGGUCUCCUGGGGCUUAGUUUUAACGCCUCUUGGGCUAAGGCACAAUUAUAAUUAAUGAGCAUGGGGACAAGAAUCGAUCAAAUCAUGUCUGAAGCCAAAUGGGAGGGAAAGAAACCCAAAUCAGAGCUUGAGACCCACCUGCUUUCUCUGCCCUUCCCUCCUUUCCUUCCCUGGUCCACGGUUUGAAGGGUGGAUAACAGCCCUGUGCUUACCACCCCUUAGAGGAGAGUGCAAGAAGCAUUGCACUGAGUCAGGGAGCAGAAGCACAGCAGCAAGGCAGGGAGACAUGGCGAUGCAUUUCUGUAAUGAAGGCUACAAAAUGAUGCACAACUUGGGAAGCUUUCAGGCUGUGGCCAAGCAAUGCUCUCCUUGUACUCGGGGGAAAACAGAAAAUGCCUGCUGUCAUUUUCCAAAUACCAAGGAAGGAAACAGCAGGCUGCGUGCCUCCACGUUAUUUAUACUCAAUUAUCUGUAACUAUACUCAAUUCAGUAAAAAUGCAGAUUUCUCAUGGGGGAA